CUCUUUAUGGAUUAUCAGUUUCCUAACUGAAUUCAAAGCAGUCGCAUCGACGAUUUCAUUGACGUUAUCAUUUAUUCAGUUAUUCUGUUUACAUAUUUCUCUGUCACAAUGUAUCGUUUUGUCGCUCUUUUUGCUUUGGUUGCUGUAUCCCAAGCCGCCUACACUCUGAACCCAGCAGGCCCAACUUACGCAGGUAUUCACACUCCGGCCAUUACCAGCCAGCAGUCUAAUAUCCUACGCAGUUAUGGAAACUUGGGACAGAUCUCGACCUACUCGAAGACCAUCGAUACUCCCUACUCUUCAGUCAGCAAAUCCGAUGUGCGAGUAAGCAAUCCAGGACUGGCGGUUGGCCAUAUCGCCGCUUCUUAUCCACAUGCAAUCGCUGCUCCUGCUUAUGGUCAUGUCGGUUAUGCUGCUACGGCACUUAAGAAUCCGGCACUACUGGGCGUUGCAUAUUCCGCUGCUCCAGCCGUUGCGCACAUGACUUACAGCAAUGGCCUCGGCAUUAACUAUGCCUGGUAAACAUUGUUUUGGUCGAACUAAAACCAUGUUUAUCACCACCAUCGAUGCUAGUGAAAAACAAACGUUCAUCCUACAAAUGCAAAUGCAACACGGCCAAUGAAACAAAAAGUCAUAGUCAACACAGUCAAACAAUAAAUAAUAAUUUAUAUUCGAAA